AGGCUUUUAAAUCCAAGGCUGCUACAGCAAUUAUGCUUCUUCAAGUAAGGGGAAGGAAUCCCGCGGGCAGCGUGAGACGUUCUCUUUUCACUGCACUAAGGAUUCCCUUUUCAGCGGGGAUCUAGCAAACUGGUCGGCGUGGCGGGCGUUUUGUCUUCCAGUCUCCUAGGAAAAAACAAAACCCCGACUGCUUUAUUGCCCUCUCUUCUUCGUAGACGGCGAUUCGCAGAGAGGAAGAGGAGGGGCAGGAUGGAUGCUGUGGGUGACAUAAUGCCCACACAAGUUCUUCCAAAACACAUCUUGGAUGUAUGGGUCAUUGUCCUGAUUAUUCUGAUCACUGUUGUUGUCAUGACAUCCUUAGUACUGUGCCCAGCAACAGUUGUGAUUAUUUACAGAGUGCGGACACACCCUAUACACAAUGGAGUUGUGUGAGACUUCCUUCGCUGUCACUGUGUGACUUCUUAUGAGAAACGUGUGGCUAAAAGGCAAUAGUCAACUUAACAAGCUUUCUCUGAUAUUAAGCAAGAGAACAUCAGCCGGGGCAUGGCAGCAACAUCUGGACUGUAGUCACGAGAAGCAUUGUGAAAGUCUGCUUAUCCAUUCAGGCUGUAACUCAUAAGUCUUAAAUCCAGGACUUUAUCUCCAUUGUUCAGAUGGCUCAGGAUCCCAAAUUUCCUAUUUUGGUUUCUUGUGCUGUACUUAAAACAAAAAUGUUUGCAUGUGUGUGUGUUUACUGAGCAAACUAAUCUGAAAAGCCAAGAAGAUGGUUGAAUCAGAUGUUGGAAAGGAAAUGCAAAAUAUCUAAUAAUAAAGACCUUCAGAUGGUUUCCAGAUGCAACUGCAUUAUAAGAACAACCUGCUUUAACUAUUCCAGUCAAAUGGCUGUUUGUGGAAGAACUGAAUGGAAUACUGUGACUGUUUGUAUCUGUACCCUUAUAUGUCUUUUCUGCAGAUUCUCUUAGUCUGUUACAGCAGAUGACAAGGAUCAGGAGGGGAGAUAGGAAUGCCAGCCUCCAGGUGGGACCAGCGGAUCACCUGAAAUUACAGCUCAUCUCCAGAGUACAGAGAUCAGUUCCGCUGCAGGAAAUAAAUGCUUUGGAGGGUGAGCUCUAUGGCACUAUACCCCACUGAAGUCUUCCCUAGGCUCCACCCCCAAAUCUCCAGGAUCCCAAUCUGGAUCUAGCAACCCAACCCUCCAUCACUGCCGCCUUGCGGUGGGCAGGGAGGAUCUGGCAACCGUAAGGAUUAAAGCUGUUUGCUGCCAGAGGUGUUGUUUAAGACAUGGCAAUGAAAACAAUGAAAGUAGAAGAGCUUCUGCUUUACAGCUGAUUUAGUGAAAUGGGGUGCAUAUAACAGAACUAAGAGCAGAAUGGGAGAGUCCUAAAGAAGGACAGGUGAGAUAACUUUGCUAAUGUCAGUACUACAUGCUGUGAUUAUUAAGAAAAUGCAUCUAUCUGUAUAUGAUAAAGGGUUUCUUAAAGCUUUGAGAUCUCUGAGUUAAGACAGAUAAUGCUGUGUUAGUGAUUUGUUCUGUAUGUGUUCUCUUUCUAGCAAUUUGUAAUUACUAGAAUUAUUAGAUAUCUCAUUUUCUUUGACAGAAUUGAUAAAUAUCUGUAUUAGCACAUAUUGUCUUGCACAAUUCUAUCUCUCUUAUGGUUGCUGCUGGAUUUCACCCAGGCCUCAUUUUGGGUAGGAGCUCACAGGAGUGGAGCUCCAGAACCUCUAAAUUUUAUUGUACUCUUUCUUUCUAUUUCCCCCCCUCCAAAAAAAAAAUAAAUUACUUGCAUCUGG